UCCUCAUUGAGCUAAGUAGGGUGAUGAGGAGUUUGAAGUGUGCUGUUCGGUUUUCUGAUGCAUACUCAGAUGGUCUAACAGGUAGACUCUGGAGUCAGCGGUGGUAAUGACAGAUUCCAAAUCUCUCCGUUUCCCGUGGUCUUGGAUUGCUCCUGUGGUGAAGGGAUCCUGCGUUCAGAAGUUUGGACAGUGGCCUCCUAUUUCCCCAGCUUUCUGACUGGCAGAUGUGAGAAGACGUGGCAGUUGGCAGUUAGGUGAGGAACCAACAGAAAUCUACAGCAUCUGGAGCUUCUAGGGCAUGGUUCUGAAGUGGGUGUCCUUGCUGAAUAUCAUCAGGUGCACUGCAGUGUGAUGGUGAAAGCAAGAAGAUCUGGAGUCUGAGGCUAUCCAGGGCUACAUGAAAGUCUAUGAAAAACAGCAAGAAGAUGGAAAGGAAGGCCGCACAGUGGUAGUACCCUACUGGCCACAGAAGGAACCUGCCCAUCAAGCUCACCCAGUUCUUAGAAAUGAGACUAAACCGGGCCUUUAUAUUAAAGUUGAGAGGUGCUACAAGAAAAGGACCACAUGAAAGUCGGUGGACCAACGUCUAUUAGACGUUCUCAUGGUUCUUAGAGGCCACUGUUUGCGAAGUGUUUUGCCUGACCUUUGUAGUUAAGAGGAAAGGAAAGAGAACCUGCGAAGUGGCGCAGCCUGGAAGAGUCACGCAGAUGAUUCGAACCAUGAAAGCGAUGACCAGUCGUAAGUCACUGUGGGUGCUGCUGUUGAUAGUUAUCUUCUGGGUCUCUUUUACAGUUUUCAGAAACCCAUCGAAGAUAUGGGCUCCAUUCAAGUUGCCUGUGUCCUUCAGUGGCUGGAACUUGGUCAUGAAAUCCUCGUGUCCUGCAGUGCUUCCGAACCCACCAGUCUCACCGAAAGAGACAGAGCUGAGAGUCCGGGAGGUCCUGGAGAAGCUAGAUCAGCAGAUCCCUCCCAGACCCUUCACCCACCUCAACACCACCACCAGCGCCACACACAGCACGGCCACCAUCCUCAACCCUCGAGACACAUACUGCACGGGGGACAAACUGGAGGUGCUGCUGGAAGCUAGGGACUACCUGGGACGCAGGAAGGAGUAUGGAGGGGACUUCCUGAGGGCCAGGAUAUCCUCCCCAGCCCUGAAGGCAGGAGCUUCUGGAAAGGUGACAGACUUCAACAAUGGCACCUACCUGGUCAGCUUCACUCUGUUCUGGGAGGGUCAGGUGGCCCUGUCUAUCCUGCUCAUCCAUCCCAGUGAAGGGGUGUCAGCCCUCUGGAGGGCACGGAAACAGGGCUACGACAGAAUCGUCUUCACUGGCCUGUUCAUCAGUGGAACCUCUCAGGUCCGCACCGAUUGUGCCUUGGUUCUAAACUCAAGUGCCGAGUUGUGCCAAUAUCUGGAUGCCCAGGACCAAGAAGCUUUCUACUGUGAGAAGCCUCCGAAUGUUCCCUGUGCCGCCCUCACCCACAUGCAUUCAAAGAACAAGGAAGUUUCCUAUCUUAGGCAGCAAGAGAGGCGCCUCUUUGAACGGUCAAAUAUAGGUGUGGAGAUAAUGGGAAAACCCAAUGUGAUUAGUGUCUCCAAAUGCAACAAAGAAGCUGUUCCAGCAAAAGAGAGGUGCAAGCUCGGGAUGGUACCUGCAAUCCCCAGUGGGCAUGUCUGGAAAAACACAUGGAAUCCAGCUUCCUGUAGUUUGGCUCCAAUCAAAAUGAAAGACUGCCUGAGAGGAAAAUUCAUCCAUCUGAUGGGUGAUUCCACAAUCCGCCAGUGGAUGGAAUACUUCAAAAGCAAAAUCAACACACUGAGGUCUGUGGAUCUGCAUGAGACUGGAAAACUGCAACACCAACUCGCCGUGGAUCUGGAUGAAAAAAUCAACAUCCAGUGGCAAAAACAUGGUUACCCCCUUAUUGGCUCAUUGGUCUACUCUGUCAAAGAGAUAGAGAACAUUGCACGGAUAAUUGACAGAACUGGAGGAGAAAAAAAUACGGUCAUCGUCAUUUCUCUGGGUCAGCAUUUCAGACCUUUCCCUAUUGACGUUUUUAUCCGAAGGGCCCUCAAUGUCCACAAAGCUCUUCAGCGUCUUCUCCUGAGAAGCCCAGACACAAUGGUUGUCCUCAAAACAGAAAACACCAGGGAGAUGACCAGCGACGUGGAAAGACUUAGUGACUUCCAUGGUUACACCCAGUAUCUCGCCUUAAAGGAUAUUUUCCAGGGUCUCAAUGUGGGUGUCAUUGAUGCCUGGGAUAUGACCAUUGCAUAUGGCACAAAUGACGUCCAUCCACCACAGUAUGUGGUUGGAAGUCAAAUUAAUAUAUUCUUAAACUAUAUUUGCUAGGAAGCACAUAACUCUGAAAGUCACUCAUUGAAGCUCGAAGAUAUGGUGAAUCCUGUUGGCAUGCCAGUUACCAGGAUGUCCCAGUUAAUCCAAGGAGGUAGUCUGGGGCCCAUGCAAUCCACCCCGUUUAGCCUAACAAGGCCCUAGACUGGGCUUCUGCUUCAGCUGAAGCUAAAAAGAAUCAAUGAAAUGUCCUAUCUUUUUUGACCAGAGCCCUGCUGCUCUUCAUCAAUUGGAAGUUAGGGUUCCUGUGGGUGAGACCUUCUCCCUGCUCCUACAAGUUCAGAAAAAUGAAGCAAUUUUGUAUACAAUUUUUUAAAGGUCUUUGAUUCCAUCUGUAAAUAUUUUUGUGGAGAAUUUUUACAUCCAUGUUCAUCAAGGAAAUUGAUCUGUGCUUUUUUCUGGGUCAUGUCUCAGAGUUUGACAUCAGGGUGACACAGACUUCAAAGAAUGAUUUCGGUAGCAUUCCCUCUGUCUGUGAUUUGUGGAAGGUCUAAGAAGUGUUGGUUAGGUUUCUUUAAUAGUUUCAUAGUAUUCAGUAGUGAACCUGUCCAGGCCUGGACUUUUCUUUGGAGACCUUUAAUUACUGCUUCAAUUUCAUGGCUUUUUAUGGAUCUGCUUAAAUUGUUUCUAUUUUCUAGACUUACAUUUUGAUAGGCCAUAUACGUUUAGAAAUUUGUCUCUCUUCUAGUCUUUACAGUUUUUUGGAAUAUAAGAUUUUGGAUCAACCAAAACAAAAUACAUACGGAAACACUACCGUGAAACCUAAUUUUUGUACGCUGAUUUUAGAAUAAUUAAAAAAUAAAUAAAAUUUUAAAAUGGAGAACACAUUAA